AUGGAAUUUGGCUCCGGGAUCUGGAUGUACUUUGUGAUCACAGUGCUGUCUCAGGUUUGGAUGGGCAGCCAAGGUCAGAACGCUCAGGAUGGGUAUUCUCUCCAGGUGGACUCCAGUGUCAUGGUCAUACAAGAGGGUCUAUGUGUUUCCAUUCCAUGCCAAUUUACUGCUAAUAACAGGAGGAAAUUCAUGAAUAGCAUCGGCUUCUGGAAGGUGGAUUUGGAAACUACUGUGGCCUCCAAUGAUAAGUCCAUAGCGGUAACAAAACAAAACUUUCACCUCGAAGGAGACCCAAAUGUUGGGGACUGCACGCUGCGUAUAGCUGAUGCCACAAAACAAGAUUCCGGGAUGUACUUUUUCCGAUUUGAAGAGAGCAAAGACAGUAUCAACAAGUUUAAUUAUAUGGCUAACAAAAUAACUGUCCAGGUGACAGAUCUCACUCAGAAACCUGAGAUCAUUGUCAUUGGGGAGAUGGUCGCCAAAGAGGAAGUGAGAUUGACCUGUAUCCUUCCUGGAAUCUGCUCAGCGCCAAUAGUAAAAUGGUGGAGGGACAAUUCGGAUGAAGUUUUGGAAAGCACAUCUAUGUCAUUAACUCCAAGUCUGUGGGACCAUGGAUUGUCAAUUACCUGCGAGGUGUCCUUACCAAAGGUGGACUCUUCUACUAGACAGACCCUCAUCUUGGAUGUUCAGUAUCCCCCAACUGUCAAAGUCAAUACUGUUAUUGAACCUUCAGAAAUUACUUUAGAGAACCAUACGGUGGCCGUGAAGGAAGGACAGUCUUUGAUUCUGAAGUGUUUGGUGGACAGUAAUCCAGCCUCUGAAGUGACCUGGACCAAAGGAGAGAAGACCGUAGCCAGCAGUGUGACCGGACAGAAAUUGGAGCUGUACCUGGACAAUGUAAAGUCCAGCGACGCCAACACAUACAGCUGUACAGCGCAGAACAAACAUGGAGACACAAGUGACUUUGUUGAUAUUGAAGUGGAAGCUGGCAAAGUAGAAACUAGUGACAACCUCUAUCCUGAUGCAUCUCCAGAUUUAGAAGAAGUCACUGCAGCUUCGCCUCAGCAAGCUUCCAGUGACAUCGAUUACAAACUCCUUGCUGGGCUGAUAGCAGGAAAUGUCCUGGUCCUGUCGCUGAUCGCUCUGGUGCUUUUCUGCUUUGUGAGAAGGAAUAUGAAGAGAAGACAGCAAGCUAUUAUCAACAAUGGUCAAGAGCUCAGUUCACAGGGAACAUCGGCCUACAAGAAGGUUUUACAACUAGGUGUGCCGGAUAUGAAGAGCUGA